AUGGCGACCAUCGACCUAGCAGGAGACAACGCGUCUCAGUAUCAUCAUUUCGUUCCUCAAUUUCUAUUGAGAAAUUUUGCUCACGACUUCGAGCCCAAGGACUGUACCGAGUCUAAAGCAUCAGGAGAAAGUAGAAAGAAGAAGAAGAAACAGAAGAAUCGCCCUAGUCUCGACAGCGGAAAAUUGAAAAGAUACCCUGGCGACAAGGUUGUCAAUAACGUUAACCUGCUUCAAACACCUUAUGUCAUUGACGAGAGUCCGGUCAAGCGAAUUCUCGGAUUGACAGACAUGUACAGGGACAAGAAUGGCGCCACUAAAAAGGAGCAGCAUGAGGUAGAAGAAAUGUUCAGCAAGAUGGAGAACCAAGCUCAGAGAGUUUUCCGAAAAAUCACUAAGGCCUUGGAAGACGGCGACAAAGUCGUAUGUCUCCCAAGAUCAGAAAGAGAUCUCAUCCGCAAAUUUCUCUUUCUUCUGAAAUUUCGUGGGUCCAUGUUCCAUAAAAGAUUCUACCACGAAGCAGUUGAGGACUACUGGGCCAACGAUAAAGUCAUGUUCAGACAGUACAUGCGAGAUCAUGGCUUUACACGCCCUAUUCAGGUGUGGCUCGAGAGUCUCAAAACAAUCAUGACGCUAGAGAUGGAUCCGGAAAGAGAGUGGAUGGACAAGAUUAAACAACAGAUGUACUCACAUGAUGCUAAUUGGCUUAUCAUGCAUGUUCAAGGGAUGUACAUGGCUAUUUGCACACCGUCAAAUCCUGAUGACGAGUUCAUACUUACCGAUAACAGCUACAAUGUUUUCGAAGGGCCCAACCACUUUGCACGGGAUAUACAGUCUGGGGAGGUCCAUGGGGUAGCUGAUGUCAACUUUCACGAAUUUGCUCCGGUCUCGCCAAGAUUAAUGAUCGUCUUGCGUCACUUCCUCUUGCCAGUUCCAGAGGAGGACCGUGACCCGGAAAUUCGGGAAUUGAGAGAGACUAUGCGCUAUACCUCCGUUGACGAUACUUUUGGUGUCGACACAAAGUCUUCACUGGAAGAUCUUCCCAUAAGAAAGGCGAGAAACAGCUAUUCAAAGAUCGUCAACGGGCAGGUAAUACGGGUUGAAGGGGAGCAUGAUUCUUACACCAAAGAUGACAAAUUCUAUUUUAGCCUGUUUCCAGUGGGGCGAAAUCAUGUCAACAAACUCAACAAAAUCCUCCUCGAAAACUCAUCACACUGCUCUCGCAUCGUGUUCGGGAGCCAGGCUUCUUUCCUGCGCUCUCUUGAAUACUACAUGACCGCGCCAAAGGGUAUCACUGGUUGCGAUGCUGACGCCAUAGUUGUACAGCUACGGAAGUUGGAUCAACUGAUGAAGGAGAUGGGCUCAAAGCGACAAUCUCAAUGGUUUCAAUUUCCCAGUCCGCCCAUGCUCAGUGGCGAGAAGCACGAGGCAAAGUUCACUGCAUAUCACCAGUACAUGAAGAGCAGUGUGGAACAUGACAGUAGCUUUCUGGCCAUAUAUAAAGCCUUCGCUCGUGGUGCUGGGACUUGGUUGAAAGAUUGGGAACAGGCUAGCCGUAUGCAACAGCUACGAAUCAAAAUUGAUUCUUGGAGCUAUCAGUACGGUGUGGAUGAAAUCAUCCGAAACAGGAAUCGCAAUUUACUACUUCAGAUGUACAUGCUCUUGCCACCUGCGAGGUUUUGGCUCUACAUGAAACGGGUACGAAUUAUGCUAUUGAACCCAGAAAACAUUUUUAUCACUGUUCAGCCGUUGGUGGAACUCUUCACCAACCCAAACUUCCGAGAAGGCCCAGAGGACAUUUUCAGCAAAGUUCAAACUAUUGUCCGAAGAGAUAGACUUAAUCAUCUUAUAUACUCCACCGUCGAGAAUGAUAUCAACAUGAAGCAGAACCCCGAGCUCGAUAGAUGGUGCUACGCAACAUCCCGGAUGGAAGCACUUGAAAGUUAUUUUAUUACAUGGAACUUUGCCCUCAAGCUGCCUGGCUCUAUAAAAGACUGCGGAAUACAUGAGAUUGAGAAACUCGCUGCAUCUAUGGAAUCGUCGAUUCUCAGUACCAAUACCCAUAAGCGACCGGAAUUUGAUGAUCCACGAUUCAGCGAAGACAACAAAGUCGAGUUGUUAACGAGGGUGAUGGUGAGGCGGAAAUUCAAGAAAGCAAUGUCCGCUCGAUUGGAUGAAGGUCUGGCUGAGUCAUUGAAGGCCGUUCUCUUUAAAUAUACAUAUCCAACUCCUCCGACUAUGGAUGACUGA